AUGGCGUUCCGGCUCUCGACUUCAUCCCAUGGAUCCGAGGCGUCGAGGCGGAGCUCAUCCUUCCUUGGCAGUCUGAAGGACAAGGCCGCCAGCGCGGCAGCCAGCGCCUCCAAGGCCGCCAGCGCGGCGACCGCCAGCGCGGCGCGCGCCGCCAAGCACGGCGUGGAUGUGGCGCGGGAUGCCUUCGAAUCGGCGCACGACGCCCUGGACGCGGCCACUGGCGUGCCGGUGCCGCCGAAGAAAUCGGCGCAGCAGGCCCAGGCCCCACAGGGCGAUGAGGACUUAGAUCUGCAGCGUGCGUUGGCGGCCUCCAUGAGCACUGAGAAGCAAAAUAAGGCGCAGGCGCCCGAAGUCCGGGCUGCUGAAGGUUAUCCCCCGCCUUCGCGAUCCUCUGCCCCGCCACCGGCAGCAGAAGUGGAGGAACACCCCCAGCUCGCAGAGGCCCUACGAGAGCUGAAAGCCAUGGGCUUCGAGGAGGACUUAGCCAGGGUGGCGCUGCAGACUUGCGAGAAUGACUUCCAAGAGGCGUUGGCGCUUCUGUGCGAUCAGUCGCCCUCUCCAGCGCAGGACGUGCGUUGCGCAAGCCCCGCAAGGCCUGCGCAGGUGGAAAAGCCACAGCGUGCCGCAGUGGACAGCGCCAAAGGCUCACUGCUGAAUGUGAAGCGGCAGGCGGAGGCCCUCUUCACGGGCGGCUCCGCCCCGAAGGCUGAAGUCGCCUUGCCAGAUGGACUUUCAGGCCAGUCUUCUGCCCAGCGAGAAGCUGCGUUGCAGGCCGCCGAGAAGCGGCUCGCGGACGCCCGGGCGCGGAACGCUGGAACCAUGGACGAUUGGCGCCGCUACCGGCAAUACCAGCAGUCGCAGCACAGGCCUGCGCCAAAGCCAAAGCCCAAGCCGGCGAUACCGGCGGCGCCGGCAGCAUCGGCGCCAGACGCUGACCUGGAGGAGGAUUUGAUGCUGCAGCAAGCUCUGGCUGCCUCCAUGGAGGGGCAACAGGCGCAGGCUGAGGCCAAAGAGCCGAAGGCGGAGCCGGAGCCGGAGGUGGAGGACCCUGAGCUCUUCGAGCUUCGCCUGCAAGAGGCAAUGGCAGAGGAGGAGUUGGAACUCCAACUGGCGUUGGUGCAGAGCCUGGAGGCGGUCCGCGAGGAGGCGAGUGGGGCCUGUGCUGGCGAGACGGAGAGUGAGGAGAAGGAGCGAAAGUUGCAGGAGGAGCAGGAGGCGCUGCAGCUGCGCCUGGCGGAGGUGAAGCAGCGCCUAGCGCAGAAGGAAGAAGAGAGAGCUGUGACGACGCCAAUCCAAGAGCAGCCGGAGAGAGAAGUUCAGGAGAGGAAAGAAGUGGCAGAAGCCACAGAGUCAGAGGAGAGGAAAGAAGUGGCAGAAGCCACAGAGUCAGAGGAGAGGAAAGAAGUGGCAGACGCCGCAGAGUCAGAGGAGAGGAAAGAAGUGGCAGAAGCCACAGUGUCAGAGGAGAAGAAAGUAGUGGCAGAAGCUGCAGAGUCAGAGGAGAGGAAAGAAGUGGCAGAAGCCACAGAGUCAGAGGAGAGGAAAGAAGUGGCAGAAGCCACAGAGGAGGGGAAGGAAGUGGCAAAAGCCACAGAGGAGGGGAAGGAAGUGGCAAAAGCCACAGAGGAGAGGAAAGAAGUGGCAGCAGCCGCAGAGGAGAGGAAAGAUGGCGACGCCAAAGAGGCGUGA